UUGCUGCAGACUCUUAUGGAAGCAAAGGUUUGAAUGCAUGGCAGGAGAGGAAAGGAAGGUAGGGAAAGAGACUUGGGAAGUGUCAGUAGAAAGCACGGAUGCUUUUUCUCUUGCGGAUGAUAGCAAAGUUCUUAAUGGAAGAUGAUCCCAAUCAAUAGAGCGAGACAGCUGAUUUAUGUCAUGGAAUCAAGCUGAAGUCGUGGUCCUUCUCUGCAUAAUGAUGUGAAAGGGAAAAAGGCUACUAGACUGGACUCCACAAGUAUACCUGCUGGUGUUCGUAAGUAUGUUUUCCCAUCCACAAACUGCAGGAGAGCUCCAGAGAGCAGCCUGCUUGAGUCUGGAUGCUGAGGAGUGAGAGUGGGGCUAGUGCCGCUGCUGUUAUUUGGCUGCUGCUGCCGCUGCUGCCACUGGGCUGAUACCGCAGGAGGGGUCUGAGCACUCUGAGCAUGCUCUCGGAAGCCUCAGUUCUGGAGUGGAAUGAGAAGUUAAGAGAGAGGGCUGUGAGGUGGGCAGGACACACCAAGGAGCUGCAAACCCAAACAAGAAAUCCAGUCAGCAAAAGGAGAGAAAGAGUGAACUUGAGCCAAGAUAUCGAUCCAAGUGGAACUGAAGGAAAUGUCAUCGUUGGUAAAGGAGGACUUGGAGAAGAAACUGUUUAAGCCCCUCUCACAGAAUCUGUAUGAGUUUAUCGAAAUAGAGUUCUCCGUCCAGGACAGGUAUUACCUCUGUGUGUCAGUGACCAAAAAUGAAGAAGUAAAAAUAAUUAUGGUGAAACACUACAGAAUAGGUUUAGAUGAAAAAUAUGAAGUAACAAAAAAGUGGUCUUUGAAUGAUCUGCAGAUGAUUGAUGGAAAAGAAGCAGAUACUGAUAAUCCGUUUUUUGAUCUGCACUUCAAGAAAGUGUACAGUUUGGAAGCCUAUAGCUGUGCUUCUAAAUAUGCCUUUGCUCGAACUGUAAAUAAGCUGAAUCAUACAUAUCUCAAGAAGGACUUACAGAUCGUGAACUUUGAUUCUACUUAUAUUAAUGAUGAUUCCAUUUGGGCCUCCAACAACAAGGAUUGCUUGGUCCUUAUGAGAAUAUGCUUUUAUGCUUUCAAUCUUGUGUGCUUGUCCCUGUGUCCCCUGCCCCUUUGA